AUGUAUACAUGGUACAAAGACAACACUAAGAAAGUAGUGACCUUGUCUAGCAGACACACUACAACAGGAGCCACAUUCACCAUCAGUAGAGCUGCUGAGUCUGACCAGAGUCUCUACUGGUGUCAGGGAGAGAUCCAGUCCAGAUCCAUAUCAUCAAUCAUCAGUGAUCCUGUCACUAUCACUGUGAAAGCUCUGCCCACGGCCUCAGUGAAAGCCUCUCCACGGGGUCCCCUCUAUUCUGGAGAGACAGUCACUCUGCAGUGUGACAUAGACUACAGAGACUGGACGUACCUCUGGCACAGAGACAACCAACAUCUUCCCAUUCCGACCAGUAAGACCACCACCAUCUCUCUCCCUGACCAGGCUGGUCAGUACCAGUCCCUGCCCAAAGCUUACCUGACCAUAACACCAAACCCUGCAUACAAUGGAGAGACAGUAACUCUGACGUGUUCAGUGGGGUCUGACAGUGGCUGGAGGUAUACAUGGUACAAAGACAACACUAAGAAAGUAGUGACCUUGCCUGGCAGACACACAACAACAGGAGUCACCUUCACCAUCAGUAGAGCUGCUGAGUCUGACCAGGGUCUCUACUGGUGUCAGGGAGAGAUCCAGUCCAGAUCCAUAUCAUCAAUCAUCAGUGAUCCUGUCACUAUCACUGUGAAAGAGAGACCUGUGGCUGUUCUGACCCUCCAACCCAACUGGUCCCAGAUAUUCAGUGGGGAGACUGUCACUCUCAGAUGUGACAUACAGGGGGAAGAAGAGAUUGAGUAUGCUUUUUAUAACAGUGGGACGUCAGUCUACACCAAAACAGAGCCUGAGUACAGAAUCAGUCCUGCAAAGAAUGGUCUAUGUACCUGUGAAGGUCUUCAGAAAACAAAUGGGUUAAAACACUCCCAGACAAGUAAUGCUAUACAAUUGACCGUGUUAGGUAAGUCUGUUUUUAUGGGGUUGCAAGAGAAAGACAGAAGAUAUGAGGUCAAAUAG